UGAAUUUGAAAUUUGGAUAUUUUCAUGAAAAAUGGUCCAAAUCAAGUGUUUUAGUAGUUUAUUAGUUUUUCUGACUGUGUUCUUAGUUUAUUUCACAAAAAAUAUCGUCGUUUCCGUUGCCGAACAGAAAAUUAGGAAUAAUUUAGUGAAAUCAUGGAGUGAAAAGAUCGCGUUCGAGCUGUGGAACGUCGGGAGUUUCAUCACGAAGCGCGACGAAGUGAUAAAGAGUUAUGAGAAGUCACAAAUAGUGCCCCGGAAGGGGGAACAAAUAGUAGAAGAUAUAGCGAAAGAGCUAAAAAACAUGUUUGAAGCGAAAGUUAGUGCGAUAAAGCGAACAAUGGAUGCUGCCGAGAACAAAGCACUGUCCGACGACGAUAUCGAAGUCGAUGACGACUACGUGUACUACAGUUCCAAGGAAAUGGUCGAAAUUCCCGAAUUCGGGGGACCAAUUGGCUCCACGGAGCCGCCCGUCUUCAGCGAAAUCGACGAACUGAAGCCCCGGAAGCGGGAACAGAAGCAAAUUGUCCUCACGCCAAACAAAAAGUUCAGCAACGAGCCUGUGAAUACGUCGCUGAGCUCGGUGCAUGUGCCGACAAAUGUCUACGAUCGCGCGCCCGAAGUCAUCAAGGCCAUCAAGUGGUCCGAGGAGCUCGACAGCAUCUUUGCCAACAAUUAUGCCAUCGAUCCGUCGUUGUCGUGGCAGUAUUUCGCCAGUUCGACGGGGUUUCUGCGACAAUUUCCCGCCGCCAAAUGGGAAUCGAACCCCGUGGAUUUGUAUGAUGCGCGGCUGAGGACGUGGUAUAUUGAGGCGGCGAAUAGCCCGAAGGAUAUCAUUAUUUUGAUGGAUAAUUCGGGCAGUAUGACGGGACAGAGGAAGGAUAUUGCGAGACAUGUCGUGGAAAAUAUCCUCGAGACACUGAGUCCGAAUGAUUAUGUGAAUGUGCUGUUGUUCAAUGAGACUGUGGAGGAAGUUGUGCCGUGUUUUAGGGAUACACUCGUUCAGGCCAACAUGCUUAACAUCGGCGAAUUCAAGCUACACUUGGAAAAUAUCGAAACAAAAGCCAAUGCCAACUUUUCAGCUGCCCUCACGAAAGCCUUCGAGAUGCUGCAAAACCACAAAGAAAGCGGGCUCGGUGCCCAGUGCAACCAAGCCAUCAUGUUAGUGUCCGACGGUGUCCCCUUCUUCCAUAAAGAUGUCUUUGAAGCCUUCAAUUGGAACGAAAAGCCCUACAUCCCGGUUCGCAUGUUCACAUAUUUAAUCGGAAAGGAAGUCGCCGACGUGGAAAAGGUCAAAUGGAUGGCUUGCGAGAACUUGGGUUACUACGUGCAUUUAUCGACAUUGGCUGAAGUGCGGGAACAAGUUUUAAAUUACAUUCAAGUACUCGCGAGACCUUUAGUGCUCAACAAAACUGAACAUCCAGUGAUUUUUUCGCAAGUUUAUGCGGAUGUUGUGGACCCAAAAAUGACGGAUUACGAAUGGGAAAUCGAAGAAAGGACCGAACAGAAAGAAAUUUAUCGCCCGCGAUUGAGCGAAACGCCGUACGAAUUGAAAAAUGUCAAACGAUGGUGGACAAGAAAGGGCAUCAUGCCGGACCAAACAAGUUCCAAAUAUAACUUUAUGAUAACAAUUUCGAUGCCAGUUUUCGACAGAAGAGAAAAUGCGAACUUAACUGAAGACGUACUGGUAAACGAAGCUUAUUGGGUAACAAUUACGAAAGAGACUCGCAUAGCAAAUUUGCUGGGAGUUGCUGCAACGGACAUCCUUGUCAAGGAAAUUCAAAAGCUAAUGAUGCCUUUUGUGUUGGGAGUCCAUGGAUACGCUUUUCUAGUCACUAAUAACGGAUAUAUCAUUGGACAUCCGGAUCACAGACCAAUUUUCAGGGAUAUCUUGAAACCUGCCUAUAAUGAUAUAGAUUUUACGGAAGUUGAAAUAAUGGAUGAUGACAAGCCGAUACGACAAUUUUCGCCGUUUUUGUUGAAUACACGAGAUAUGAUUGUCAACCAAUCAACUGGUAGCAAAUACAUGUUCGUAAAAUAUCAUCAUGAUUACAUGCGACGAGUAUCUCGUACAAAACGGCAUUAUUAUUGGACAAAAAUUGAGGAUACGCCAUACACGCUUGUCGUGACGUAUCCCAAUUCGCAUGGAUAUCGCAUUCAAACACGCAUUGAAGACGAAAUCCAUCGAAAUAUUCAUUCGAAGGUCGAUAUUCUGAGUUUUUUCAGUGGCAGAAAUUGGAGAAUCCAUCCAGACUGGCUGUAUUGCAAACAUAGCACAGAGGUGCACGAUACGCCAGAAAAGGAAUUGGAAUAUUUCCUGCGUCGCAUGAACAAACCUGGAUGGAAAUGGCCACUUAGUAAGACGCCAAUUCCACCGGAAUAUGCCGUCUUUGUAGCUCAGAAUAAAAGUACUACGGACAAGGAUCGAUAUUAUUGUGAUCGUGCCUUGAUGCAAUCCUUAGUAAAUGACGCCAAAAUUACGCAAUUCUUUAGUAAAAAUUUCACUAGCAUGGAUAAAGGGUAAGGAUCUCCAAGCCCCAUUGCAGUUUUAAUGGGUUUGCUUCCAAGAGAUGAAUUCAAGACACGUUUUGGAAUAACAGUCGCCUUCAUCGCCACCCACAGUGGAUUGACGAGAUGGCAGGAGUUCACCAACAAUCACGUGAAUGACGUUUUAACGGGAUCGGAGUUCAGCGAACAGAAUAUUCGAUCGAUUGAUGAAAUUUGGUAUAAGAGAGCUGUUGAGCAACAUUUCAUUGAAAAUGAGAGUUUUGUGUAUUCCGUGCCGUUUGCCAAUUCGUACGGCGAUGAGACAGAAACUCUUGUAACUGCCAGUCAUGCAAUUUUUGUAACGGAAAAGAAUAAAUCGGCACCAGCGGCUGUCGUUGGUUACCAAUUCCAGUUGGAAGCGUUGGAUAAGUUGUUUAAAAAUAUCACAAAUAAUUGCCAACAAGAGCAACGCGACGAAAUCGAUUGCUACAUAAUCGACAAUAACGGCUACGUUUUGAUAAGUCCGCGUCUCGAAAGUACCGGACGCUUCUUCGGUGAGGUGCGUGGCGACAUUAUGCAACGCCUCAUCGACGAAGGCAUCUACAAACGCGUCGUUAUCUAUGACUAUCAAGCUGUUUGUUUCCAAGAGAGAGGCGGCAAUAACAACAAGGGAGUUUCUUUGAAAUCCGUCUUUGGACUUGCGAGCAUUUCAAAGUUAUUCUCCUAUCUGCUGCUUUACUUGUCGUCUUUCAUACGCACUGUGGUAACGGACACCUUUGAGAAUCUCGGCCAGCUGGGUCCCGAGGAGUACGAGUAUGAGUUCACCGAGCCGACAGAGUCGACGGAGAACAAUAGUAAAGAUAAGGAACAAAAAUUAUAUAAAUUAUUUAGCAUUAGAAAAACUAAGCCUCAACCCUGUGAUCAAACGCUAAAUUUAUAUCAGUUAAAUGUCGAUAAGCACGACAAGGUCUUCAAUAAUGACUCGAAUAACUGCGAACGACCUUUCGCCAUCACACCGAUAACGGGAACGAAUCUCCUCUUAUUGGUCAUUGACAGACUUUGUCCGUACAACACGUUUUAUCUCACGACAGAUCCCGAAGAUCAAGAAUAUGGCAACUACUCGUUGGCAUGUCUCAAGAACGAGGAUAGUUGCUUCCGAAAGAGACCCGCAAAGUGUAUUGAUCGUCAUGAGAAUGAGACGUUGAUAACUUUGUGUGGCGACGCACGAUCGAGCGCCCUCAUCAACAUUCUAGUCCAUAUUUUAUGUAUAAUGUUCCUUUACAUAAGUUAGCCAUAGACUUUUCAAGCGUAAUUCACCAGAUUUUGUAAAUUUAUUGCUAACACAAUUUAUUAAUACAACAAAAAAAACUUCUUAUUACCUUUUUGUAAUAAAACUAAAGAACAAAUUUAAACUGUUUGAUUAUUAUAAAUAAUACUUUUA